AUGAGAAGAGUAGUGUUGCAGUGGGAAGGGCAGGGUGGCAGUGGGAAGAGCAGGCUGGCAGUGGGAAGAGCAGGGUGGCAGUGGGAAGAGCAGUGUGGCAGUGGGAAGAGCAGUGUUGCAGUGGGAAGGGCAGGGUGGCAGUGGGAAGAGCAGGGUGGCAAUGAGAAGAGUAGUGUUGCAGUGGGAAGGGCAGGGUGGCAGUGGGAAGAGCAGGGUGGCAGUGGGAAGAGCAGUGUGGCAGUGGGAAGAGCAGGGUGGCAGUGGGAAGAGCAGUGUGGCAGUGGGAAGAGCAGGGUGGCAGUGUGGGUGGUAGCCUUCGGCAUGGGCCUGGACAAGUCGGACGUGCGCGGCAUCGUGCACUACAACAUGCCCAAGAGCUUUGAGAGCUACGUGCAGGAGAUCGGGAGGGCAGGGAGAGACGGGGUACCAGCCCACUGUCAUCUCUUCCUGGAUCCUGAGGGAGGGGACCUGCAUGAGUUGCGGAGGCACAUCUAUGCGGAUACAGUGGACCACUAUACUGUGAAGAAGAUAGUGCAGAAGGUGUUUCCUCCCUGCAAGUGCAGACAGAUCCACCAGAAACAGCAGGACUUAGCCAGGACUCAGGAGGAGGUUGACGACUCCGAGAUGAUGGAACUGAUGGACACCUGUGAUGAGAACCCAGUUGAAACACCGGAACACACAACGGAGACUGGUCAGAACACCCCUGUCCAGCAGUUGGAACAGGCCAAAGUUCCUACUGAGGAUGUAUCAACUUUUCAACCACUGGACAGGGAGCAGGAACACCCACCAGAGUCAAGUGUUCCAUUUCCCCAGAGAGGGGAGGGCGAAGAGGAGGAGCAGACCGGGGGAGGUGAGGAUUGGCCCACGACUAGGGUGUGUCACACCCAUGAGAGGGCCAUAUCUAUGCAGGACACUGUGGAAGGCCUGGACAUCACUGAGGAAGGUUUGGAGACUCUGCUGUGCUACCUGGAGCUGCACCCUCAACAGUGGGUAGAGCUGCUCCACCCCACCCUCUCCACCUGUAAGAUGGUCUGUUACAACGGCCCGCAUCAACUCCGCAAACUCACCAAAAUCUGCCCACCUGUUGCCGUAGUGUUAGCCCGGAAACGGCUGGCAGGGGAGCGAGUGGAGACCUGUGAUUCGGUGGACUUUGACGUGGUGGAGGUGGCAGACACUAUGGGCUGGCAGCUGGGUCUGGUGAAGAGAGGCCUCCGACAACUACAGUGGGCCACUAACAGAGGAGUCUUGGUGGAGUUCUCCAACCUGUCCUUCUACUUCCGUUCCUACGGUGACUUGACCCCAGAUGAGAUGGACCGGGUGUGUGAGUUCCUGCAUGGCAGGGUGGUGGCCCAGGAGAGGACCAAACUGUACCAGCUCAAAGCCUGCUUCAAGGCCUUCCGCAGCGUCGCAUACAAGAGCUGCAGUUUCUGCACGGACAAGCUGGACGAGAGCCGAAGCCUGAAGCUGAAAGGGCUUCUGGGGGAUUACUUUGACAAGAGGAGAGAACUGGACCUGAGCAGGAAGUUCCAGGAGGAGAAGGAUGAUGAGGAGGAGGUGUUGUUGAAAUGCAAGAUGAAGGACUUCGAGGGUCAGAUCAGAGCAGAUAUUCAGAGUUUCCUGGGCAACCGCAGUGAUGAGAAGUUCUCUGGCAGAGCCGUCGCUAGAAUAUUCUUUGGAAUUGCACCUGCCCCACCAAAGGUCUGUGCCAACCCUGCUGACCCUGCCCCACCAAAGGUCUGUGCCAACCCUGCUGACCCUGCCCCACCAAAGGUCUGUGCCAACCCUGCUGACCCUGCCCCACCAAAGGUCUGUGCCAACCCUGCUGACCCUGCCCCACCAAAGGUCUGUGCCAACCCUGCUGACCCUGCCCCACCAAAGGUCUGUGCCAACCCUGCUGACCCUGCCCCACCAAAGGUCUGUGCCAACCCUGCUGACCCUGCCCCACCAAAGGUCUGUGCCAACCCUGCUGACCCUGCCCCACCAAAGGUCUGUGCCAACCCUGCUGACCCUGCCCCACCAAAGGUCUGUGCCAACCCUGCUGACCCUGCCCCACCAAAGGUCUGUGCCAACCCUGCUGACCCUGCCCCACCAAAGGUCUGUGCCAACCCUGCUGACCCUGCCCCACCAAAGGUCUGUGCCAACCCUGCUGACCCUGCCCCACCAAAGGUCUGUGCCAACCCUGCUGACCCUGCCCCACCAAAGGUCUGUGCCAACCCUGCUGACCCUGCCCCACCAAAGGUCUGUGCCAACCCUGCUGACCCUGCCCCACCAAAGGUCUGUGCACAACCCUGCUGAACAUGAUGUUAUUUCAUCCAAAUAUGUUCAAAGUGACAUAGGUGGCAAACUACUGUAGGCCAACUUUGAGUACCUGAUUU